AUGUCUUUAGAGGAGAAUGAGACCUUUUGUUUUGUUGAAGAACAAAUAGAACUUACUCAAAAAAAUUAUUCGAAAAAGAGGAGCAGAAUUUCAUUUAUUGCUUGUGAUAAAUGUAGGACUAUGAAAAAAAAGUGCGAUGGAGAUUAUUUAAGUCAAAAAUCUUGCUCAUAUUGCGUUGGACGUGAAGAAGAAUGCAAAUUUUCUGAUAGUCAUAAAAGAAGGAUUGUAGAGGUUCAUGAUAUUCGACAGUUUAUUAAUCGAUUAGAGGUCAUUAGUGAUGAGAUACAAAAAUUAACCGAUGAAUUAAAAAAAUUUUAUGAAUUGAAUAAAAAUCAAGACGAUCUAAAGUCUCCUAGAAAUGGAUAUGAAUUCAAUAGUGAUCUUUACGUUGAAUCUUUGCCUAGUACCAAUAAUUCUAAACAGAAACGACCUGAAGAAACAAAUUCUCGUAAACCUAAAUCUAAGACUUCUGGAUUAAAAAGAAAAUCUAGAGAAGCAAAAAAUGAUCAAUCAUCCAGCAAACAACAAAAUGUUACAAAAGGUUAUUUUUCAAAAAUAUAUAUACCUAAAGGAAAAUAUGUAACACAUCAAUUUGAUCUCAAAGAUCUUAAUGAAACCCCUUCACAAUUCGAGAAUGUUCAAUAUCAACCUACACUUUCAUCUCCUAACAAUUCAGAAUUAACUAUAACUGAUGAUAAUGGCUUUAGUAAUAAUACUUCAAAUUUCUCUGAAGAUUUAUCGUAUAUUUAUUCUCCUUCAGAACAAAUACUUUCAAAUCCAAUUUUCCUCUACAACGAUUUAAAUAAUCUUUUAUAA